AUGUCAUGCACGUGCAAAUGUUGGCAUGGAUUAAAAGCACCAAACCUGACAACUGGUACCGGAACUGCACGCAGUAACACCGCACCAUAUGUUAUAAAUAAAAACAAUUUGAACCCGAAACCGCCUUGUGCAGAGUGCAAACAGAAACCAGAACAACAACAAUCAAUGACUUGUAUGUCUGCUCUGACGGGUAAUCAUAGCGGUAAUUGUCUGUCAGCGCAUUGUACGGCAACUGCUACACCAGCAGCAACACCAUUUAUGGCUGUUCCGGCAAUCACAGUACCGCCGCCGGCACAAACUACCCAGCCGCAAAUCGUUUUAGGCGGUAUGACUGCUAAUACAAUGAAUUCCACAUUUUAUCCAACGUUUGGAAACACAGCACAAAAUAACAAUUCCAUGUAUUUUAUACCUUUUGCAUAUCCAAAUAUCGUUCCUAUGGCCACGCCUAUGCCAUCACCUAUGCUUUCUGCAAAUACUCAACAAAAUUCAAUUCAAGGUUGUCCUCAUACAAAUGCAUUAAAUCAUUCUAGAACAUCGGGACCCACAACGACUGCAAUAUCGAAUCGAAGACAUAACGUAAACAGCGAAUCGACAACGAAAAGAUAUGUGCCUCCAUUGAAAGCUACAGUAGCAGCAGCGAUAUCGGAACAUCAAAAACAUACAAAUACUGUUUUGGAUGCCUUUGAUGGCUUCAAACUUGAUUGUGGACUAAAAAGGAGGAAAACUGACACUGAAAAAAAGGUAGAUGACAAAGCACAGUCAACAUCAAAAUCAACUAUGAAAAAUAACAGGCAGGAUGAGGACAAUGAAAAUAUUUUUAAAUCGGAUAUAUUCUUUGCAAAAUAUCUAACAAAUCCAAAACUUUUAGCACUGCAGUUGUCCGAUUCGAAGUUUCGGCGCGCAACUCUAGUGCAAUUUCUCAUUCUUUUCCAAUAUCUGCAGUCAAAAGUGAAAUUUAAGACAGAUUCAAGUGUUUUGACAUCAUCGCAGGAGUUAUACAUAGAGACUACUCAGACUAGGGUAUAUAAGCUGAUAGAAGAAACUCCACCAAAUGGUAACCAGUUCUUGCGAACUGUCCAACACAUUCUAAAUCGAGAAGAGAUAUGGAAUAAGUGGAAAAAUGAAGGUUGUAAGGAAAUUAGAAAACCUGACGACGUUCAAAAUAACACAAAAGGAAAGGAGGAACCUCAAGAAGACAACGCCACAACAAGUGGUAGUGGUGCAGUAGUUAAUGACAGUAAUGUGAAAGAAGAAUCUAGCGAUGAAUCAUUUAUUAAACAGAUUCAACCACACACAAGGAAACGGCUCUUGGGCGAUAUACUUAGGGAAAGUUAUAACUCAAAUAGAUACUAUUUAGGCCAUCCAUUGCUAACUGAACUCUGGAAUUUAGCACCGGAUAAUCUAUCAGCAUGUAAAAGUGAAGAUCGUAAUUUCUUACCUGAAUUCGAAGUAUAUCUCAAUAACAAAAACGAUAGAAGUGACUCUUCAUCAUGGCGAGCAUUGCGUUUGUUGGCAAGACAAUCUCCACACUUUUUCACCACAUUUAAUUCGUCAUCCAGUUAUAAAAUACCGGAUUACUUGGAGAAUAUGCGCCGCAGAAUUAUUAGGGAAAAGUUAGAAAAUGCCAAACCAGCCACAAGUGCAACAGUAACCAAUGGUCAAGUCAGCAGCAACGGAUCAACUCUUGAAAAUGAAACUAUGACACUAACUGACGCUGAACAAGAAGCUGAGCCUGAGUUGGGCGCUGAUGAAGAUAUUGAAAAAAACGAAGACGAUAGAAAUGCCCAUUCGAAACCUCUUGUGGCUACACACGAACAAAUCGAAGAGAUUGCUCCACUUAUUGGCGAUGAUUGGAAGAAGUUAGGUAAGAAACUAGGUUACACUCCAGACGAGUUGGAAUUUUUCGAAACAGAACACACUGAACCUAAUACUGCCUGUGUUACAAUGUUGGUUAAUUGGUUUGCGGAUGAUGACGAUGCCACACUUGACAAUUGGGCUUACAUGAUGGAAGGCCUAGAAAUCAAUGAAGCUGCGACAGCUGUCAAGGCAAUGAUCGAACGUUUAUCGACAAAAAGUAGUAAAACAGACGUAGAAGUAAUUUCGGACUAACAAUUCAACGCAACGCAACACAACACAACACAACAACAAAAACGCAAAUGAUCUGUUAAAAAAAAUUUUA